UUUGUUCUUCUCUGAUAUAUCAACAGGUUCUUGCAAUGGUGAACAAAAAGCCUACCAUGGGUCGCCAAAAGAUUAAGAUUGAAAAAAUAGCCAAGAAAAGUCAUCUGCAAGUCACCUUCUCUAAGCGACGAGCCGGUCUUUUCAAGAAGGCUAGUGAACUUAGCACGCUUUGUGGAGUUGACAUAGCAAUGAUAGUUUUCUCCCCAGCUCAAAAGGCCUUUUCCUUUGGCCACCCCAGUGUUGAUUCCAUGAUGCAUCGGUUUCUCACCGGAAGCCCUCCUCCUCCUCCUCCAAGUUCUGGCCUGCACCAGCUCAUUGAAACGCGUCGAGAUGCUAAUGUCCAUGAGCAAAAUAUGCAGUUAGCUCAGAUUCUUAAUCAACUAGAGGCCGAAAAGAAGAAUGGAGAAGUACUUGACCAAAUGAGGAAAGUCAAUAGAAGCCAAUGUUGCUGGGAAGCUCCUAUUGAAGAGCUUGAAUUGCACGAGCUUGAACAGUUGAGAGGUGCUUUGGAGGAGCUAAAGAAGACCGUAGCAAAACAAGUGAACAAUAUUUUGAUCCAGUCCACCAGUUCUUUGCCCUUUUUGGCAGUGAAUGGUGUUGGAGAAGUUGGAAAUCUUGGGACCAAACUAGAGAUUGAUAAUGCUUCGGCUGCUCUUCAUUUCAACAAUUUUGCUUAUGCACAGAAGAUUUGUUGAGCCUUGAUGAAGGUCUCUUAUUUUUCCCCUUCAUUCUAUCAUUGACUAAUGUCUCGUUAGCAGUUCUGUGUACAACCACCUCUGCGGAUUUACACAUUGCAACAACUUGUUGAUUAUUUUAGAAACCGCGUUUGCUAUUCCUGGUUUAUAUUUAUC